UUGCUUAGUGCACUCGUUUUCGUCACCCUAAGACUUCAUAGAGUUUUCUCAAGGAAAUGCGUUUAGGGGAGACUCUAGGUGCCAUUACACACGUGAGUGUAUCUCACUCGAUGGAAGGAGAUGUUAGCAACCUUUUGUUGACACUGUGAAAAGAUCUUGGUGUGUAACCAUGGCAAGAGCUUCGGUGAUCAAACUUCUCCUCCUCGUCAUCCUCACCUUCAUUCUUUGUCUCCCAGAGUUCUUCACUUUACACAAGGUGUUGAAAGUGAAUUUCCAAUGCCUUUCAUACCGACUCUGUGAAGAAAAAGGAAACCAGGUGAAGGAAUGGAGGAGUGGAGGACCAGGAAGUGCUGAAGAUGAGAGAGAAGAUCUUUGUGAUCCUUUUUCAACUUCAGUCCAUGAACGGUGGGAGCAGAUCUGUCAGCAGAAUAAUCAAAGCAGCUUAUUGGAUUUGGCACUUAAAUCGUGGAAUAGGGAUCCAAAAACCGGUUGGAUCAUGUGUGAAUCAGACAGAGAUAUGCAGGAGUUAUACCACAGCUCAUCCUCAGACGUGGAGUUACUUUUGGAGGCGUCGCUGGAACUUCAGCUCAGCCAAACAGAAAAUCUCUCUCUGACUUUGUACGGACAUAGUAAUCAGGACUCCUUACAACUCCAUCUUCCUGAAGAGAGAGGAGUUGAUGGAGGCGAUGAUGAAGGACAGAGGGAGGUUUUCCACUGCUGUCUCCCUCCGCUGCCCACGGCUAAAUCAGCCAAUCAAAGCCGCUGUCUCCUGUGGUUCGCCAAUCAAACUCUUUUGAAUGGAACAGCAAAGGAAAAGCUGCCAUGGAAACGGAUGCAGACAGAUGAAUGGCACUGUGUGUACCGGGCGGUUUGGUUGGCUCUUCUGUGUGUGGUUUUGCUCAUUUGCCUUAUAACCGUGAUUGGACAAAUCUCCUGGGUCACUAGAUUAAAAAAAAAACCCAAGGUGCAGCCAAGUCUUUACAGCACCACAGGUCUGCAAUUAAAUGGUGUUAAUCAGCAAACAAAAACCACAACCUUUACAGCCAUCAAACCACAUCAGUUUUUGCCUCUGUUUGGGUUGUCACCAAUUCCAGAAGAUAUCAGUCAAGAAGAUCUGUCAUAUGAAGAUGCUGACCUCAGCUACACAGGUAGGCUUCACUUUUUUUUUUUAAAUUUUACCUUAAAUUUAGACAUCUUUACUCAACAUGAACACAAUUUAAGAGAUCAUACAUACACAGCAAAAACAUAAUCUCAAGGAGGUAAAAGCCCCUUUUUGUUUCUCCUUUUCUUUUCUUGAAGAAAAAGAAAAUCUUAUGCUGAGAGAACACGUUUUUUUUCUUAAAAUAGUUAUUUUUGGUAAGAUAUUUUUUCUUACCACAUGGGCAGAUUGUUAUCUUUUGCUUAUUUAAAGAAAAUCUGCCAGUGGAGUGAGAAUUCUUACUUAUUUCUAGUACCUGAUUUGGCAGGGUUUGAAUUUUGCUGGAAAGAGAGGGAUUUAGUUUUGACAAUAAACUGAGGUUAUGCGUUUACCGGUACACUAAAUCUAUCAUAACAAGCAAGAUAAAUUAAAUAACUAAUCUAAAAUAAAUAAUGUAUUGCAAACAUUGAUUCGAUUUGCAUGU